AUGGAUUCGACUAUGUAUUUUAUGCCAGCAAUCCGCAAUCGGAGAAUUGUUGGCACCGUUAAUAAUGUGACCGUUAUGGUGCGCGAGCAUGAUUCCAAAAUUGGACAUUUUAGUCCCAGGCUCCUGGAAUUUCUGGAGAAAUUUUUGGCAGAAUCAGUGAAAAUAUACCAAGAAGCGGUGUUAAAAAUUGGCAUCCCACUGCCACUACUUGAUUUGACUGUUGCAGAUAAUGCGCGGUUUGUCACCAAAAAUCCAUACAUUCGUAUUGAUUUUGAUCUCGUUUAUUCGUAA